AUGGCAGUACUGAGGAUCACCGCAUCCACCAUCGUGUGCCUAACCAUCAUUCUUUCUGGCAAUGCGCUGGGCGCAUCCAUAUCUAGCGGAACCGGAAUCGGAACUGGAAGCCAAGGACGACCCCAAAGGAUCGGGGAGUGCCGGGAGCUCUGCUACCGCCAGUCCCUGCCGAUGAUCACGCCCCUCCUGUGCCGAUCCCGGCCAGAGUGCUACAUGUGCCACGACUACUGCCGCGUCCUCGAGGUCGUCCAGCUGAGUCUGGCCACGUCGAUGUGCGCGGAUCGGGAGUUCUGCACCCGGGGAUGUCGGGUGGCCUGCUCUUAUCACCGCCUGGGCCUGGGACUACUCCACCAGGACACGAGUGCCAAUGCGGUGCUCAAGAAAUAA